GAUACAGAGGUCAAAAAGGAGAACGAGGACAGGUUGGGCUGGGGUUGCCAGGAGAUCCAGGACCCACGGGGCCACCGGGCCCACCUGGGACCACCUCUCGGGGACCUCCUGGCUCUCCAGGACCCCGUGGACCUCCUGGCWCAUGUGAUCCCAGUGACUGUUUUUUCCCAGCCUCAUAAGCCAAGCGGAGUUUGAUAGGAGCCACACUGAGAAGAAGACCGACCAGCUCGCCGUGUCCAACCGCUUCCUCAGCUCGUCUUAAUCAAACCGACUCACAUCUGACCUCUUCUGUUCGCGUCAUGACAACAUGUGGUAGCUGUGGGGUGGGGGGCGGGGUUACAGGACUGCUGUUGUGUUUUGAACGCAGCUUGCGUGUUGCUGUACAUUUUGGAGCUAUUUCUUUGUUUUUUUUUCCAACCCUCACUGUGACGUGAUGCAUUCCUUCCGGACUCUGUCGUUCAAAARCAUUUCGCCAAGUUCAGCCCCGUCUAAGAACCGCAACCCUAUUGGUUUGCCUCUUUAACGGGCGUGUCUAUGCACUCUUCUGUUGUUGUUGUUAUUUUUUUUUAAGAUAAGCCAUUGUGCUGAUUGAAGAUACAGCUCGUGAAUUUCUGAGUUUAUGKAAACGUGAAUGACAGAAAUGCUGAGAUUAACCGAGUGAGUGCACCUAAGUUUUAUGUAGAUUUGAGAAAAAAUAAUUGGUUUUCUUGUGCAACCAAAGUGCAGCCAUAGUGGUUAUUAGAUUAUUGGCAAUUAUUUAUUUUAAGUGUACUUCUUGAGAAUGUAUUUGAAAGAUAAAAACUAGUGUAAAUGUAGCAUGGGGAUUAUGUAAUAUCAGUAACAAAGCUGUGGGAACACGUUUCAGUUGGGGGAGGGGAUGCUGUGGGAAUUUGUAGGACUGUAAACACCCAUAUUAUCAAUAUCAAAUAUCUGCAUCGAAAUGCACAUCGGCAUUAUAUGUUGUCUUAUUUAAAUAUGAAUAUUAAAAAAUGUACUUUUGUUUGGAUAAUAUCUUUAAAAUUGGUCCGUGUACUUUUUGGUAAAUAUCAAUUUUUGUUUUAAAAGCAGAUGUUUAAAAAUGUAAAAUGACCGUUUUCAAUACCUGUUUUUAAAAUCAUAAAAUAAAUAACCAAAAAGUACACGAUGCAACCUUAAUCUGCCGGCAUUUAUUUUUUUUUUAAUAAUGCAUUUUGGACAUGCGUGCCCUCUAGCAUCCAUCAGGGAGCGCUGCAGCAUCCUCCACAUCCCAACAUCCCACAGCCUGUUCAAGUAAUUCAGUUACUAUAAAGAUGAUUUACAAACGUCUGUAUUACUGAAAUAACUGGAUGUUUUUACUCUUCUUUUUUUUCUGUGUGUGUAAUUGUGUCAGGAAACAUUUGCGGAGUGUUUGAUAUUCAGUUUUAAGAAGGAAUUUGCAGUAAAUUAUUGCUGAAGAUGUU